CAGCGCCGUCUAUUGGUGCAAUAAACAAGGCGAGGCUCAAUCUUUUCCUCUAUUUUGUUUUUGUUAUGUAAGUGCUUUCAUCAAAUCAUUUUACUAAUAAUAAUCCAUUCUUUUUAUUUCUGACAUUAUUUGAAUUUUAAAAACAACGAGUCAAUUAGUUAAAGGUUAAAAUGCUGAUCCAAGUCAAAGAAUUCCAUGGCAAUGAGAAGCCUCUUCAGGUUCCCUCAGAUGCGAGUAUUCUUCGGUUGAAGGAAGAGAUUUCAAAAGUAUUCCAAUUGCCUGUCCAUAAUCAAAGACUGAUGUAUAAAGGGAAAACUUUAGCAAAUGAUAAAACUCUGUUGGAUUAUAAUUUUGAAGAGGGUAGCAAGGUCAAUCUAUUCAAAGUUUUCGAAGGCGCAUCGGAGAAUCAGCCUCCCGGCUUCUGGAGUGAUUUAAGCACUUUCCUUCGAGGAUACUAUGAUGGUGAAGAUGUCAAUAAAAUAAUUGAGCAUAUGAAAAAAGAUAUGUCAGCUAAUGUAGAUAGUUUAAAUUUGGAGGAUAUUGAAAAAAUAGCUUGUGAAAAAUUGAGCUUACCCAAAGAUUAAAAAAUAUAUAUCUCAAAUAAUUAUGUUUAUAUGAUUCCCUUUAAUAAAUCUUCACCUUUUAGCCAUUUAUUAACUCUAUCAAUCAUGUUGAUUAUUUUACUCACUGAACAAUAAAACUUCAAUUUAUAUGAACUA